AUGACGCAAGGUGGGCGGGCCCCAGUGCUUUGUGACAACAUGCAGAUGUAUCUCUUGUCUCCAUGGCUACUGCAAAGCAGGGCUCAGUCUUGGCAGGUCCACAGGUGUGGCAGGACACCCAGGCCAUCACGGGAGUCUAGGGGCACUUCACCAACCCGCCUUACCUCGCUGCCCAGCCCGGCAGGGAUGUCCAACUCCCCCAAGACUCACAGCCGAGCAUGCGCUGGGUCGCACACUCUCAGAAUCACCGUGCACACCAACACCCAGAUUACGCAGCCCGAUCCCAUUGGACAACGAGAAAAAAGACUUCAGAAGCCUUCACGGAAAGGAGCCUCCAGCUCAACCAGCGCGAUGCCCCAAACCCAAAGUCCGUGGCCCGAUUCCUUGGAACAGUGGAAUAAACGACCUCAGAAGGCAUCAGGGAAAGGAGCCUCCACCUCAUCCGGCGUGAUGACCAAUACCCAAAGUAUUUGGCCUGACCCAUUGGAACUGUGGGAUAAAAAAGCUCAGGAGUCAGUGCGAGGAGCGUCCAGCUCAUCCAGUGGGAUGACCAAGACCGAGAGUAUAUGGCCCGACCCGUUGGAAGAAGGGGAAAAAAGACCUCAGGAGUCAGAGAGAGCCACAUCCAACUCCUCCAGUGGAGUGAUCAACACCCAGAGUAUGUGCCCCGACCCGUUGGAAGAAUGCGAUAAAAGACCUCAGGAGUCAAGGAGAGGAACGCCCGGCUCAUCCAGUGGGAAGACCAACAUCCAGAGUUCGCGGCCCAAACCCUUGGAAAAAUGGGAGAAAAGAUCUCAGAAGGAAUCAAGGAGAGGACCAUCCAGCACAUCCAGUGGGAUGACCAAAACCCAGACUUUACGGCCUAAACCCUUAGAAGAAUGGGAGAAAAGACCUCAGGAGGAGUCAAGGAGAAGAACAUCCAGUACAUCCCGUGGGAUGACCAACACCCAGAGUUCACGGCCCAAACCCUUGGAAGAAUGGGAGAAAAGACCUCAGAAGGAGUCAAGGAGAGGAGCUAGCAGCACAUCCAGUGGGAUGACUACCACCCAGAGUAUGUGCCCUGGCUUCUUGGAAGAAUGGGAUGAAAGACCUCAGAAGGUUUCACAGAGAAGGGCGUCCAGUUCAUCCGGCGGAAUGACCAAUGCCCAGAGUUUGCAGACUGAACCCUUGAAACUGUGUGAAGAAAGACCUCAUAAAGAGUCAGGGAGAUGGAGACGAGCACCCAGCUCAUCAGAUAGGAUGACGAACACCCAGACUAUGUUGCCCAAACCCUGGGAACAGCAACAGCGGGACAGAAGACCUCAGAAAGAGUCAGGGAGAGGAGCCUCCAACUCAUCCGCUGUCAUGACCAACAUCCAGAGUUCACGGCUCCAACCCUUGGAACAGCAACAGCAGGACAAAAGAUCUCAGAGAGAGUCAAGGAGAGGAGCCUCCAGCUCAUCCGGCCUGAUUAUCAACACCCAGAGUACGUGGCCUGACCCCUUGAAACCGUGUGAACAAAGAUCUCCGAAGGAGUCAGUAAAAGGAAUUGCCAACUCAUCUGGUGUAAUGACCAACACCCAGACUUUGUGGCUUGAACCCUUCAAACAGUGGGAAAAAAGCCUUCAGGAGUUAGGAAGAGAAGAGCCCAGCAUGUCCAACAUGAUGACCAACACCCAGAGUAUGUGGCCCAAACCUCGGGAACAACAACAGUGGGAGAAAAGGCCUCAGAGAGUGUCAGGGAGAGGAACCACCAACUUCCCAAGAAGCAGAAGCCGCUUGGACUCCACCCUGGUGCACAACACCCACCGUAGGCCCCAUCGCAAGCUUAACUGGAGGUACCUCAGCUCUGAGAACAAGGCCCCAAAGGUGCGUUUCUUCUGUAAUGGGGACUGCUCCUUCAACGGCUUGGUGUGCUCUGUUUCCAGCAGCACUUUCCACUCCUUUGAUGCCCUGCUCCAGGAACUCACCCGUUUGCUGGCUGACCAGGUGAGCCUGUCCCAGGGAGUUCGAAGGAUCUACACCAUCGAUGGAAGUCGCAAGAUCACCUGCCUAGGGGAGUUACAGGAAGGUGAAAGUUAUGUGUGUGCUUCGGAUGAACCAUUUUGUCAAAUUGACUACAUGCAAAAUCGUUCUCCAUCCUGGUGUGUAAAUAUCAAGAUUGGGACCUCUGGAGCCUGGGGUACUACCUCUUCCACUAAAAGUGAAGAGAAGAACAGUAAAUAUCUUCUCCAACCCAGGUUAGUCACCAUCAUUAGAAGUGGAGUGAAAUCUAGGAAAUCUGUGAAAAUCCAUCUCAAAAAAAAGACUUCUCCUUCCUUGGAACACGUCUUAACAAAUCUCUCCCAAACCAUUAAACCAGAGUCAAGAAUGGUCAGGAAACAUCAUACAUUGGAAAGAAAGCAGGUUAGUUCUCUAGAAGAUAUUUUUGGUGGUAAUGUUUCUAUUGCAUGUAAAUCAGAUGAAGUCCCUCAUCCUCAGGAUAAUCCUGCAUCUGACUACGACCAGCAUCUUCCCCCUGAGUCAUCACAAACUUCCUCCAGGCCCAUUAAGUGUUCUGUGUCCAACAGUCCUGGAACCUCUUCAGGCAGCAAACAACAUGCAUUAUUUAAUGGAGCACCUAGCAGCCACCUUGGUACUCCUAAAGGUACAAAAUCCUUGGCUUCCUCUCCAACUAAGCAGGAUAUCUCCCCAGCAGCUUCCCAAGGAUUUAAGAAGCUGUCUAGACCUGGCACAUCUUCUUCCAGUGUAAAAAGCAGAGCUGAACAUAAUCGUUCCUUGAGUCCCAGUAGUGUCACUGGGAGUACCAAAUCAUCUGGAUUCUCAACUUUUCUUGAUAAAUACAAGAUUGGGGAAGUUAUCGGUAAUGGAAAUUUUUCAGUAGUCAAGUUGUGCACAAACCGUUACACUGGAGAGGAGUUUGCCCUAAAGAUCAUAGAUAAAGCCAAAUAUCGCAAAAAGGAAUAUCUGAUUGCAAAUGAAGUGACCAUAUUACGUGAACUGAAGCAUCCGAAUAUCAUUACGUUGGUGGAGACCAUGGAGAGAGAAAAAGAACACCUUUUGGUCAUGGAGCUGGUCAAAGGAGGAGAUCUCUUUGAUGCUAUUGCUUCUUCCAGCAAAUUCUCGGAGAAAGAAAGCAGCGCUAUGUUGCAGGACCUGGCCAAUGCCCUCCAUUAUCUCCAUGGCCUGCUUAUUGUUCAUAGAGAUAUCAAGCCGGAGAACCUGUUGGUAGUUCAGCAUCCUAACGGAACCAGGUCCUUGAAGGUUGGAGAUUUUGGUUUGGCUACGGUGGUAUCAGGCUUGCUCUACACGAUCUGUGGUACACCUACAUACUUGGCUCCAGAAAUUAUUGCCGAAAAGGGCUAUGGCUUGAAGGUGGACAUAUGGGCAACUGGUGUGAUUCUGUAUAUUCUGCUCUGCGGCUUCCCACCAUUUCUCAGCAAGAGCAAUAAUCAGGAAGAACUCUAUAGUAAGAUCUUAGCUGGACAGGUACAGUUUCCAAAACCCCACUGGAAUAACAUCUCGGGUACAGUAAAGGAAUUAAUCCGUCAAAUGCUUCAGGUAGAUGUCCAAUCUAGGUAUACUGCAGCUCAAAUCUUGAGACAUCCCUGGGUGCCAGAUUAUGCGUCUAACAAGAUCCGUAUGCAUACUGAAGUAACAAGUAAGUGAAAGUAGAAUUUCCGUAGUGUUUUCCCUGUGACCACCACUACCAACCUAUCUAUCAUCAUGAAUAAGGAUUUAGAUAAGACAUUUUCUGUGGCACACAAAGACAGGAGGCAGUAA